UUCGAUAGUAUGUUAGAAUCGCUUGAGACAAACGGUUAACGGUACGCAAAUAAUAAAUGAUGGAUAAUGAUAACGUAGAUCCCAGGGUAUUUAUGAGAAAUUGUGAUAGUAUGAUUGAUCCUAGAACAUCUGUAAGAUACUCUGUUAACAACACUCCUGUAACUCCAGCAAUAUCCAGAAGUUUAUCGUAUCAUACGCAAAUAUCUGCAAAAAAUGAAAUACCUAUAACACUGCAGGAAGAGCAAAAUGCUCCUUUAAAAAGACAAGCCAGUGCUAAAUUUCGGCCAAUAAAUCAUAAAAAACAUAGUUGCACAGACGUGCACUGUCUGUUAAUUUUUAUAUGUUUUAUAAUCGGUUGGAUAUAUAUAGCAACGUAUGCCUUAUCCCAAGGAAACUUAAAUAAAUUACUAAUUCCAACAGAUUCAAAAAAUGCUAAAUGCGGCUUGGACUCUGGAGUUCGUGACAAAAAAAUGUUAUUUUUCUACAAUUUGGAUAAGUGUCUUGAUCCAUUGACACCCAUUACAGGAUGUAAUACCAAACAAAUAUGUGUAAAAGAGUGCCCCAAAACAUCUUUUAUAUGGCAAGAAAACACGGAUCAGACUAAUUUAAGCACCUUAAAGGAAAAACUUAUUUGUGAUUCCACGGUGAACAAACAAAAGUUGAAGAGCUUGUUAGAUGUUAAAAAAUCUAUAGAGAAUGAUCUUUGUAGUGGCUGGUACUUAGAAAGUAAACCUUUAUUUAAUCAUUGUGUAUGGGAUCUUUCCGACGAAUUGUGCGAAAUAUUGCCCAAGAAGUUGACAGGACGAAACCGUAGAUCGGAUUUAACACCAGUAAACUUUAUUGAUUUUAAACCUGUCGCAACAAAAUUAGCCGAAUUCGGUAAAAGCAUAAAAUCGGUGUGUAAUAAACAACAUCAUAAUACGUCAUCAAACAUGAUCGCUUUCAAAGAAAAGAUUAAAAAAACGAAUUCCAAUUUUAAUAGAAUUAUAGCCGCAAUUAUCUCGAAAUUCAAUUAUAGUGGUAAAGAAAUUUUAGCUGAGCAUAUAGCAGAUGACUUAAAAAAUUCAUGGAAAGUUAUAGUGUUUGCUUUUUUUAUACAUCUUUUUGCGGUUUUAUUAUUUAUAACACUUUUGCGCUGGCUAGCCGAACCCCUGGUGUGGGUUUCGAUAUGCGGUGUUAUUUUUGGUCUGGGUUAUUCAUUUUAUUAUAGUUUUCGUCAGUAUAGACUGUGGAGCACAGAAGCCCAUGUACCAAAACAUGCAACGAAUCUGCAGGCGAAAGUUCAAAACAUUUUGGAAAAUGGCGAUGUUUGGCUGUAUGUAACAAUGAUUCUUGGAGCGCUCCUCACAAUUAUUGUAUUAAUAGUAAUUGUAAUCCGGAAGCGUAUAAAAAUUGCUGUGGCUAUUAUUAAGGAAGCGAGUAGAGCAAUAACGAAUAUAAAAUCAUCAAUAUUUUUUCCAAUAUUUCCAGCAAUUCUUAAUAUUCUUGUGGCGACAAUGUCAAUAAUUAUUCUGCUACAUCUUGGUUCUAUUGGCGAUUACUCUUUUAUAAUGGCACGUCGCAACAUCACUGAAACUACUGAACAAUGUGUUUGUACAGGACCCGAAUUGCAGAAACCGUAUAAACUUGGUGAUGCAUGUGAUCCAGCUUUGUUCGAAGAAUACUGCCGCAACGAAAAUAAUGAAUUAUGCAUGCAAACUUCGUGCAGUUUCAAUGAGAUUAUAAAAGAUCGAAAAACCAAUUGGUUUAUGUUAUUAAAUAUUUUUGGUGUCCUAUGGGUAACGUUUUUUAUAUCGGCCUAUGAAGACAUGGUUUUGGCCUGUACAUUCUCACUGUGGUAUUGGACUUUCAACAAGAAAAAUAUACCUAAAUUCCCGCUACUAAAGGCUAUGUGGAUAACAACUGUUUAUCAUUUAGGUACUUUAGCUUUUGGAGCCCUAGUUUUGUCCAUUUGUCGCAUGAUAAGGUAUAUGUUAGAACUCAUUGAAAAGAAGGCGAAAGCAUACAAUAAUACAAUAACACGCGCCAUCCUAUGUUGUAUGAAAUUUUUCUUUUGGCUGCUUGAGAAUUUCCUUCGUUUUCUUAACCGAAAUGCUUACAUAACAUGUGCCAUUCAUAGUACCAGUUUCUGUGAAAGCUCUCGAAAAGCUUUUAGUCUAAUUACUCAAAAUCUUUUACGUGUUUAUGCGGUAGAUAAGGUAUCGGAUUUUCUUUUUUUCCUUUCAAAAAUUUUAGUAACAGGUUGCACGUCAUUUACAACUUUUAUCGCUUUGAAGGCAUAUCCAGAUAUAAUAAUUAUACAUUAUCCUGAGGUUCCAGUUGCACUGGUAGCCAUACUAUCCUAUAUUAUGGCUCAUUUCAUAUUUAGCACAUAUUCAAUGGCGGUAGAUACUUUAUUCUUUUGUUUCUUACAAGACUCAACGGAAAACGAUGGCUCAGCUGAAAAUCCAUUCUUUAUGUCAAAAGAAUUGAGAAAAUUGUUGGGAAAAUCCAAAAUAAAACGAAAAAAAUUGCAAGGUUAACUAUCAUUAAAAGGACGAGUAUAGUCAAUAUUAAAAAAAAAUCCAUCUACUACAAUACACCCUACUAACAACGUACAUAUAUAUGUACAAGAUUACUAUGUACUUUAACGAAUAUAUACAUACGUUAUUUAUAGUAUCAAUUUGGCGAAGGAAGUUAAUGAAUGUAAACUUAUACACUUAAAAUUGAUACUUUAGAAUAAUUUACACCUAAAGUAUAAAUUAAAUUGUUAAUAAAUAUUAUAAAUAAUAACUACAA